AUGGACAACUUUCAACAAAGAAUGGCAGACCUUCUCAACAAAGCUCAAGAUUCGAAAAGCAAAGUCGCGUCUACUACUGAUCAGGCUGCAAAUACAAAUUCUGAUGAUAAACUGACUCCGGAAAAAUCUUAUAAAGAUUUUCAAUCUCUUAAGGAUCUUUGGCGUAAAAUGGGUUCUGUGGAUUCUCACUCCACUCCUGUGAGUAGCUCAAAGUCAAAAAGAAGCGCUUCCAAAUAUAAUAAAUCAAGUUCUGGGAAGAAGCAGAGCUGGAAAUCUCAUCAAUUUAACGACAAAAGACCUCCUAUUCAAGUGUUAGGUCAAUUUAGACGUGCUAAAUCAUCUUCCAUCUUGGAACUUUUUAGAGAUUGCAAAGAUAAAGAAAACACUCCUCCUAGAAUGCCUAGUACUCCUCCUAGAAUGUCAAAGUACUCUUCCCCAUCUUAUUCUCCUUUGUCGGAUCUAAGCCAAAGCCCUCUUUCAAGUCCAUUAAAACGGAUGGCGGAAUCUCCAAUUACUCAAUAUUUCAAAAGAGUUGAUAUUUCGAAAACCGUGAUUAAAAGUACUCCGGCAAAGUCUACUCCAAAAAAAUCAGAGAGUUUAAUGUUGAUUUCUCCUUCUCCGAAACCUGUUGUGACUUAUAAAAAAGAAAAAGUUACCAUUUCUGCAUCUGUCGGCAUUCAUCACGUUUCAAAAUCUCACGUGCACGUGACCCCUCCUACUAAAAGCGGAAUCAAUGGAUAUUUUCAUAAAGUGAGAGGAAAACAUAAAAAGGUUUCUCGAUAUAUUACUGAAGAUAAACUUCAUGACGUAUCUCCUGAGACUCUUCGUGUUUUUGCGGCUGCUCGUGGUGGUGAUAUCUCAUUGUACCGAGAGUAUACUAUGGAAAACCUGCCUUAG